GUUCAGAAAGGGGAGGGAGGAAGGAGGAUAGGCGGGAAGAAACAGGAAGAAGAGGGAAGUGUUUACAGGGGGAGAGAAAGCUAACUAGCUAGUCAGGGCCGGCAGUCUUUUUGUUGUUUAGGGCACUCUUCCAACCCUGUUAUUAGCCUGUGUUCUAGGGUAAUAAAGCCCGGUCCACCCGGUUACGCUUUAGCCACCGUCGCCUCGUCAUUCAGCUAGCUAGGCAGCCGUGCGGCGGAGCCGUGAGCGCUACAGUAUCAGAGGGAUUUAACGGAACCGUCCAUGCUCGAACACCGUGGGCGGUAACCGAGAGGAUUGUGCACGAGCAAAAACAGCACCACGGAUUCAUAUUUUAAUCAUUUAAUAACCAUAAAAGGUAGAAAACGAUUUAACGAAAGCUAACGAGUUAGCGGUCACGGGGAUCUCUUUGGUGUCGUUCUAGCCAGUACGGGGGGUUUUCUAUCCAGCCUGGAACUUGUGCCAUUUUUCGGAGUUAUUGAGCAAUAAAUCCAUACUCUUACAUCCAAGAUUCAUCCACUUUAUGUUCAUAAUUUGUCAGUUUUUCGACCGUUUUUUCCGCUAGCUUGAUGCUAAUCGCCAUUUUAGAUAUCCCAUGAUGCACUGGGCCUUUGUUAUGGUGCUACAACCAAUGACAGGCUGGUCCGUCGUCCAUGUGGGUGUUCUUCUUUGCGCAUGAAACGCAGCUCAUAAAUAGGGGGGAGAGCGAGACGAGGAGACAAAGCAGUUUUGAGAAGAUACGGAGAAACACUGAGAAAAAUGGCAUCUCAGCAAACUAUGGACGUAAAUGAGGCAUUGGCCUUAUUUUUUUUUGCUAUGGAGGAUGAAGCAGAUUCGGGAGAAGAAAGUUUUUUGACUGAUGAAGAACUGGCUUACCAGGAUGGUCUAGACCCCGCUGAGGAUGGUGAUUAUGAAGAAGACACCACCCCACCAGCCCAGGCAAGACAAGAAACCCCCCAUUCUUCAGAAGAGGAGGGCCCUCCCACUUCUCCUGAAGCAUCCCAGCAGCUCCUAGGAAGGGGUCAUAGACUGAGAGGGCGAACCAGAUCUGGCAGCUUGAGGGGUCGACAAAGACGCAGUCCUGAAUCCAGAUCCAGAUCUAGAUCCCCACAGCCAGCAGACCAAACCCUAUCAUGGAACGAUGAGAGUCAGCCAGACAUCCCUCCAGUGCCCAAAAGGUUUCUCCCAGCAAGAAAGCCAGGACAUCAGCUCGACCCCACAUCCACAUACACACCACUGGACAUUUUCAAACUUUUCUUCAGUGACACUGUUGCGAUCACUUUGUGUAACAACACAAACACAAAUGCUGAAAAAAACAUUUCCCGUGGCAGCAAAUAUUCGUGGAAACCCUUCUCUGUUGAAGAAUUUUUCAAAUUUUUAGGACUCACUUUCUAUUUUGCGCUGGUGAGACUCACAAAUAUCCGGGACUACUGGAGGAAAAACACAAUUUUCAGCCAACAGUUUCCAGCCACAGUGAUGUCACGUGACAGGUAUCAGGUCAUUUCGUGGAACAUUCACAUGAGUGACCCUCAUGAAGAUGUCCACAAUGACAAAAAGAAAGGGACACCCGCUUAUGACCGGCUGUUUGGCGUGAAGCCCCUUUUAGAUGACCUCAGACAGGCAUGCAAGGCAUUUUACCACCCACGGCAGAACCUUUCUGUGGACGAGAGGAUGUCAACAAAGGCCCACACCGGCAUGACACAAUACAUGAAGGCGAAGCCCACCAAGUGGGGCUUCAAACUUUUUGUACUGGCAGACAGCAGCAUUGGGUACACUGUGGACUUUGCCGUAUACUCAGGGAAGUCUGUGUUUGCUUCUGGUGUAGGACUGGCAUACGACUCUGUAAUGUCCCUCAUAGACAAAACACACCUAGGCAGUGGCUACAAUCUGUAUGUAGACAACUUUUAUACAAGUCCAAAGUUAUUCAAAGAUCUCCACAGUAUGCACUUUGGAGCAUGCGGCACCUACAGGGACCACAGGAGAGGAUGCCCGCGCACGACCAAAAAUGCCAUGACGAAAAAGGAUCCGAGGGGCACCAUCAGGUGGAUCCGUGACGGCCCUCUGAUUUUUGUCAAGUGGAUGGACACUCGGGAAGUCUCUGUCUGCUCCACAAUUCAUUCUGCAUACUCUGGUGAGACAGUUCAGAGAAGACUAAAAGCUGAGGAUGGAAGCUGGAGCGCCUACUCUAUUCCAUGCCCGACCCCUGUCGCUGAGUACAACAGGAAUAUGGGAGGUGUUGAUCUGUCUGAUCAACUCAUUCAGUAUUACUCAGUUCACCACAAAACAAUGAAAUGGUACAGGACAUUGUUUUUUCAUUUUUUGGACAUUGCCGCGACCAACAGUUACUUGCUCCACAAGGAGCUUUGUUUAGAGAAGCAGCAACAGCCCAUGACCCACAGGGCUUUUCUGGAGGAGCUGACAGCCCAGCUCUGUGGUGUCACCGUUGACGUCCCCCCCACUCAGGAACAGAGUGACCAUAUACCUGUGCCAACAUCUGACCAAAUUGAAGCAAGCAAGAAGGCCUCAUAUGGUCGAAAGCCAUGUGUACACUGCAGAAAGACAAAGCAGAUCAGACGGGACACCCCCUGGAAAUGCAAGGCAUGUGAUGUGGCCCUCUGUGUUAUACCAGACAGGAACUGUUUUGAGGAUUGGCAUCAAUAAAUGGCAUGAGGGCAAAAACGCCUCCUAAAAAAACGCCUCCUAAUGUAAAUAGUUUUAGUUCUAUAGCAGUUAUAGUGUUCAUUUCUCUGCUCCAAGGCUCCAAAGACAGGAGCCAACUGUUUUACAGAAGAAAAAUGCUUAGCUUUUAUAUUUUUGUGUGUGACUUCAAUAAAUCUCUCAAAAAGGAUUACAUUUCUGUUUUAUUUUUUCAUUUGUAUUUAUGGUCCCAUAAGAUUUUUACUUUCAGGUGACAUCAAUGAAACGCAAAUAUUCUGACAGUCAAAUUUGUAUUGGAAAAAAAAGAUGUUUGUAAAUUGACUGUGCACAACAGGGUUGAUGUUUUACAAGCUUUUUUAUAAAAAAUAAAACCAGACGGCCCAGAAGUGGUCAAAAAUCUUUUAGGUCUCAGAAGGAUAAGCUAUGCCCGGAAACAUCUGGUCUGAUUCAGUUUCCGGGCUAUUUGCUGUGCUUUUCCUGGGUGAGUGUAAGAAGGAUAAAUCUAUCCACAUUUAAGAAGCUAUGUGUUGUCGGAAAGUUGGUAGGGGUACAGAUUCACAUAUCUAACCCCUGUGAAAAUGCACCACAUGAAAAUACUGAACAGCCCUUUAUGCACUUUCCGCCCAAUUAAUACACAAGGCACAUAUCUUCACAUGAUCUGGGAGUACUCUCCCAUAACAAUAUUGCAUCCCAACCCUUGUUUAACGUUACUGUGCCUGUUACGGUCAAUAGCUAAGUUCCCAUCCACUUGUCAAUCGAAUUAUCUGAAGUUUGGUAAAAAAAAACUCAUGCGAAUAAAUCUGGCUUUAAAGCGAAUAAAAACCUGUGUGUAAUGGUGUCACAUGCGGUUUUGCGAUCAAAUUGGCACAUCAAACUGAUUUUAGAGAUUAAAAGGUGUUUCCAUUCAUUUUCGCACUGAAUUGCACAACAUUCAAGCAACCUUUUGCAAACAAUGUUUUUCUAGACAAAAUGGACUGCGCCGUCUACCAACAAAUGAUCAAUAUUGCACAAGUGGUAAUAGUGCUUAUGUGCCAGCUGAUUGCGACACAUCAAGCUAUGAUAAGACAACAACGAUGCUAUCAACACAUCGCUCUGAUGAUGCAGAUGCAAUUUGCCUUUUAUUGUCCCUCUGGCACUGCUGCGAGACAACUCAUUUUUGAGACAUGUCUCGCUGUUUGAGGGCUUUCCAUUUACUCCGCAGGACAUCCCCGUCUCGUCCUAACCUUU